AUGGCCACUCUAGCAGACGAGCUUCUUCAGGAUUUCGAGGACUCUGGCUCCGAAGCUGAGGACACUCAGCAAGACCAUGAUCCUCUCGGCCUUCUCGACAAUGCGCCCGAAGCGAACGGUCGCAAAUCCGCCGGGGACAUGGAGGUCGACGGCGACCAAAGUGAAGCUGAGGACGAUGACGACGAGAUGGGAGGUGUCUCAAAAGGCGCUGUCGAUUCUGCCGAGGACGCAGAAGAUACUAAAGCCAAGGUUGAGAAGAUGCAACUGGGCGGCGUCGACGACGUCCGCAGCGUCGCUGGCCUUAUGCAGACCCUUGAACCCGUACUAGAGGUUAGUCAGAUUCUUACCAACACGUUUGGCUCUCCUGAAGCAGCGUUUACAUCCUCUCUUGAGAGAACUAGUCCUGACAUCGUGGUUCGAACGGUACAGAAAAUCGUACACUACCAGUCACAACCUACUCCAACGCAGCUCGUCGGCAACAUCGAAGACCACCCCGAGUACCACCUCCUCACGCAGUCGAAUAGUCUUUCUACACUCAUCGACAGUGAGAUAGUUCUGGUGCACAAGUACAUCCGAGAUCACUACUCGAUACGGUUUCCAGAGCUUGAAACGCUCAUCACAAACCCGCUGGAAUACGCCAAGGUCGUUGCAAUCUUGGGCAAUGGGCCUUUGGACUCAGAGAACAUCAAGAAACUGCAGCAUGCAACGGAAAACCCUCUCAAGGUAUCGCUGCGGUCAGUGCUCGAUGGCCCAUCCCUGAUGAUUGUAACGGUGGAAGCCACGACAACAAAGGGACGGGAAAUGUCACAGGAUGAACUGGAGCGCGUGUACAGAGCAUGCGAAAUGGUGAUAUCACUUGACAAGGCGAAGAAGACCCUCACGGAGUACGUCCAGUCACGCAUGAACCUGUUUGCGCCGAACCUGACCGCUUUGAUCGGGUCAUUGACGGCUGCGCAACUAUUGAAUGCUGCUGGUGGCCUCACAGGCCUUGCCAAAACGCCCUCGUGCAACAUCCCGGCAUGGGGCUCGAAGAAAGGUGCUGGUGCCGCGGGGAUGGCUACGAACAUCGGUAUCAGACAACAAGGGUUCCUCUACCACUCACCUAUCAUUCAGGGCAUCCCCAACGACCUCAAGAGACAGGCCAUGCGCAUUGUGGCAGCCAAGCUUGUGCUUGCGGCGCGUGUCGACCGCAUACACUCCAGCCCAGACGGCUCAACCGGCGAAGACCUCAAGGAGCAGUGUCUUACACGACUCGAGAAGCUCACGGAGCCUCCUCCGAACAAGGGCCCACGAGCUCUGCCAGCGCCGGACGACAAGCCGUCCCGCAAACGCGGCGGAAGAAGAGCAAGGAAGGCCAAGGAGGCGACGGCCAUGACAGAGCUACGUAAGGCACAGAACAGGAUGGCCUUUGGCCAUGAGGAAAAGGAGGUCGGCUACGGUACAGGAGAGAGCACCGCAGGCAUGGGCAUGAUCGGCCAGGGCAAUGAUGGCAGAAUUCGCAACCUGCAGAUCGACCAGCGCACGAGGGCGAAGCUCAGCCAGAAGAACAAGGGGUGGGGCGGCGCGACGUCCAUGAACGGAGCCGCAUCGUCGCUCAAGGGGUUCGGGCAGUCUGUAAACUCCAACAUUGACCUCCGCGGUAAGGGCCUGAGGACAUCAGGUGUCGGCACGUCGCUGGGCGUGGGAGCGGGCACUGCAUCGUCGCUAGCCUUCACGCCCGUGCAGGGCCUGGAGCUCGUCGACCCCAAGGUCCAGGCUGAACUCAGUCGCAAGCGGAAGGCGGAAGAGGACCGGUGGUUCAAGGGUGGCACAUUUACGCAGGUGGCCGGCUCCUCGUCCAAUGGUGGAGGAGGCUUCAAGAAACCCGAGCUGCCGCCCAGCAAAAAGGUUGAUACCGGUGCAGGCAAGAUGGGUCCGCCGCCCCCGCGAAGCGGCUGA